AUCAAAGUCUGGAAUAUUUGCACGCAAAGCUUCGCUUGCACGCAAUAUUUGGUCUUGAAAAACGCUAAAGGGACGACAACCAGGCGCUAAAAUGGGGAUGACUAAAGGACACGGUACCGCUGCUGUGGUUAUUGGUACUUUACAGCUGCUUGUGGCUGGUGGACUGAUAAUCGCGUCGUUCAUAUUUGCGAGUUAUGGCAGUAUGAGCACUUCGCAGACUCCAUACUGGAGUGGGUUCCCGUUUCUCGUCACUGGGGCAUUUGGAGUUGCUGCUGGCAUUUCAAAGAAUCAGUGCUGUAUGGUUACAUUUUUGGUGCUGAGCAUUAUUAUGACGAUUGUGACAGCAGGUGCAGCUAUUGUUGCCACCAUUGCCCUAUCCAUUUGGAGUACUCUAGUAGUCGAUAUCUCCAACUGUGAGACUGUAGCCGGCCGAUGUGUUUGUUACAAUGAAUACUAUAGCCCAGAUACUUAUAAUGUUGACGACUGUGAUCUGUUGAAAAAUGUCUUGGUUGUUUUUUAUGUAAUCUUGGCUUCUUGUUAUGCCUCUGCUAUUUUGGCCUUCGCUGGAUCCGUUUUGGGUUGUGCUGCAACUUGCUGUGCUCCACCGGAUCCACCCAUGGUGAUGAUAGCCCAGCAACCAAUGGGUGCACCCGGGGUGGUGGUGUCCCAUACAUCCAUGCAGGUUGGUGGAGCAGCUUAUGCCCCAGGUGCUCAGUUGCCAGCUUAUAACCCAGGUGCUUACGGGCCAGCAUAUCCAGUAGAUGCUCGUGGACAAGCAAUGCAUCAUGAGCAAAGAGUGGCGAGUCAUGAUAAGGCUCCUUUGGUGGUGUGAGCCAUCUUCAACCAGCUGUAAACACUGCUACUAGGUGAUGCCUGCAGUGUACUUUUAUUUUAUAGCUUCAUUGUCAGUAGUUUGCAGCACUUUGUUGAUGUUUAAUUUGUGCAGUUGUAAAGAAAGA